UAGAACGCUCGACUACGGGCGGCGCGAGCUGUCAAAACUGUCAAUAGUAAACACAGAAGCGCGUUUGGAAAUGUUUUAAAGUCUACGAUGUCGUUUUUUGCGAACAGGUGCGCUGGUCUUCACCGUGUCCUGCGUUUAGGGACAUAUGUGAGCGUAAAGGAAACGCAGCCUUUGUGUUGGGAUAAAAGAAGGUAUAACAGCACUUCCGAAGAAAACCGACGAAUUCCCAAGAUAUACACAAAAACCGGAGACAAAGGUUUUUCCAGUACCUUCACAGGCGAGAGGAGACCAAAGGAGGAUCACAUAUUCGAUGCUUUGGGAACUACAGAUGAAUUAUCGUCAGCAAUUGGGUUAGCCAGAGAGUUUUGCGUCGACAGUGGCCAUUCAUUCACAAAUCAGCUGGAGAAAAUCCAGUGUGUGCUACAGGACGUAGGGUCGAAUAUUGCCACCCCCCGGUCGUCCGCUAGAGACAGUCACAUCAAGAAGACCAAGUUCAGCUCUCAAGCUGUGAUUGAGUUGGAGAGGUGGAUUGAUUCGUUCACAGAGGAGCUGCCUCCACUCACCAACUUCAUACUUCCUUCAGGAGGGAAAAGCAGCGCUGCUUUACAUGUGGCCAGAGCAGUGUGUCGACGGGCUGAACGCUGCGUUGCACCUGUUGUCCGUUCAGGUGAGACCGAUCCCGAAGUUGCCAAAUAUCUGAACAGAUUGAGUGACUACUUGUUCACGGUGGCUAGAUAUGCUGCAGCGAAGGAGGGCCAUGGAGAAACUAUCUACAAAAGACCUGAAUAGGAGAGGAAGAAAACAUCUCAGAGUCUUAUGAAAAACUUGAACAGUGUUGCUUGUUUCUAAAUCCUAGUAUACAUGUCUAAAUACAAAAACAUUGAUAAUGUACCGAUCAUUAUGUAAAGUAAAAAAUGUGAAUGUUUAGAGAAUUUGUUUUUCAUAUUUAUUACACAGAGCCUCUACAAUGGUCAAAUUAUUGUGCAAAAUUACUAUCUGUAUUUUGUUUAUUUUACAAAAAAAAUUGAUGCAUAUUGUGCUACUUAAUAUUUUUGUAGAAACCAUGAUGGGUUUUAAUGAAUAAAAAGUUAAGAAAACAACAGCAUUAAUUUGAAAUAGAAA